GGAAUUUUGGUCCGACACUAUUUUGCAAUCGUGUAGAAAACAAUGGCUGGUUGGAAGUGGACGCGUUAUUUCAGCACUGUUAUCGUGAAUCUGGCUAACUUGACAAGCACUGCAGGUUCAAACUAACUUCAUGAUCAUGUUGAGACUUUUAACACCUCAAAGAUUAACUCGUUACGUUAAGGAUUGUUUUAAAUCGCUCAAACAGACAGACAAAUUCUUCUCAAACAGCUGUCAGUCCGAUGAGUACAUCAGGAGGUUUAUAUCAGAGAACACACAGAUAGUCGGAGGACAGAGUCUGACUCCAGACAUCAAUCUGAGACUCUUCACCUCCAGCUGCAGAUUCUGGUUUGAGAGACCUGAGCUGUGGCCUUUUGAUGACCCAUACUGGGCCAUAUACUGGCCAGGAGGACAGGCGCUCUCAAGGUACCUGCUGGAUAACCCUGCAGUGUGUCGGGGGAACACGGUCCUGGAUCUGGGGAGCGGAUGUGGAGCUUCAGCCAUCGCUGCAAAACUGUGUGGUGCUGCUCAUGUAGUCGCCAAUGACAUUGACACUGUUGCAGCUGUUGCUACCCGCAUGAACUUUGAGCUGAACGGCCUGGAGCCACCUGUUUGUGUGACUGACAACAUGAUUGAUUCAGAGCCUGAGAGCUUUGACCUGAUCCUCCUGGGUGACAUGUUCUACGACGAGGCUCUUGCCACCACCCUUCACAGCUGGUUGGACCACUGCAUUAAAACCCACGGCAGCCAAGUUCUGAUCGGAGAUCCUGGGCGAGCCCAGUUUGAGGAGCAUGGCAUCCGAAGGCUCCUGCAUCAGCUGGCCCAGUUUGAGCUGCCCGAGUCUGUUCGAGAGGAGAACUACGGUCUGACCUGCAGCAGUGUUUGGCGCUACCAUCCUGAACUGUGAGGACUAGAAGGGAUCCUUUGUUCUUUAUGUUUUUAAUUUAUUAUUAUGUCAUAUGUAGACUGACUACACAGGGUGACUGAGACUUCACAUGCUGCCUUUCCUAGAGUGAAAAUACCAACAACUAUUUUCUGAUAUGAUGUUCAUAUACAGUAGGAAUAAAAUCUUUUCAUAUGAAUUUCACCAUGCUGCAACCAAAUUUCCAAUGGGGGACAAUAAAGACUGAACAGAACUGUGAAAGCAAUACAAUUUAAAAAUGACUCAACAUUUUGUUUGUGUCACCAAUUUCAUCUUUAAUUUCCUGUAAUUUAAUGUGUGGCUGCAACUAACAAUGAUUUUCUCUAUCCAUUAAUCUGUUGAUUAUUCUCUUUAUUGAUCAGUUUAUUGAUUGGGUUAUAAAAUGGUAGAAAAUAUUGAACAAUGUCCAUCACAAGUUCCACGUGCCCAGGGUGACUUCUUCAGAUGUCUUACUUUGUCCGACCAACAGACUAAAAACUCAAAGUAUUUAGUUUGAUAUCAUAAAAGACUUGACUCAAAAUCAACAAAUGUUUCCAUCUGGAACCAGAACGUAACGGAACCCAGUAAGUUCUGGGAAAUUACAUGGUAAGUGAUGGGAAGUUACACCGUAAAACGCGGGCUGUAUUAUAAAGUGUUACUGUUGAAUUGAAAUACAUUAUUUAUAUUUCAAGCAUCCGUUGUUGCAGCACGUCUGCAGCAAGUACUUAGCAAGUAAAUAUUUCCUAUUGUUAAAAUCACCAAAGCAGCAGCAGAUUGACGUUGUGUCACAAAUUGACGGGCUUCUGAGGCAUCUGUUUUGAGAGCAACGUCUAGGAUCAAAUGUCAACUAAAAUAAAGUGACUGUCUUUGUGCUGCUUCUUCCUCCGUUCCCACCUGUGCACCGUGCACUCUGCACUGACCAAAAUACCAUACAGACGAGCAAAGCGAGUUUCAAGGUCAGGAAAAAUACCAAACAGUAGCUGCUGGCGCCAGUCAUUGCACCUCAACGAAAAUACAUCCCGUAAUGUAAUGAAUAGGUGACGUGAAACACCUUCUAGUGGAGACUGUGUAAAUUGAACAACGACAAAGUCAACAAUACAUGAUCUUUGAGUCAGAAAGUAAUCAAACUAUUUUCCAGAAAAAGCUUUCAUCCAAACAUGUUUCCUAAAUAUCAAUAUUUUAAAUCUGCUUGUGUCCUGUUGUAGUGUUUUUUUUAGUUAAUAUAGCAUCUUUGUAUUACAACAAAUCAUGAUCAAAUGUGUGUGUGCUACAUGAUAAAGUUUGUGUGUACUACAGAAGCAUGAAGAGAUGACUCAGAUCAUAGCCAGAGGUGAAGGAGUAGAGGGUAAAUGUGCCAAGAAAGGCAUUUGAUGUCCGGGGAAAAACCCACCAGAGCACAUAAUACAUUGCAAGUUUGAGCACUGUAAAGCAAAACAACAAAAAGAAGAUAACACGUUUGUCAGCCUGGACACUAUGUGGGAGUGGGGUCAAGUAAAGGUAAUGCAACUUGUAAUAAUGUUUCAUUAAAAGUCUAUGUGUGUUAGUUAAUCAUUAAUGCAUUAUUAAAGAUCAAUACAUGUAAGUGUUAAUCAAUAAUGGCCUUUAGGCCUCUUUUUUAUUUUGACUGUAAAAAUCAGACUGGUAAUAGUGGAAGAAAAGGAUGUUGGAUUAUUGCCACGUGUCUAUCCUAUGAAGUCAUUAUUGGCAAAUUGUCAAAUUCAUUGGAAAAUGGAAAAUAACUGGAAAGUCCCUAGAAUUUGCUUAAUGGGAGGAGUAGACUCCACACUGGGAGGUGCUCUCCAGGGUAUACAAGAUUGUGGUUUUUCAUUCUUUUUUGAGUGUCUGCUUCAUGAACCAGCCUCGAUUGGCUUGUAUCUUGCUGAAUACACAAUAAAUCAAAUAUUGCACUUAA